UCGGCGACGUCGGCACGUGUUGCGGCACGGCGGUGGAGCACCCCGACGGCCGCCGCCUCCCCGGCCAGAUGCUGCUGGCGCCAACCGAGGACGGAUUCCGAGGCCGACACCUCCGCCUCCUCAGCAGCGUCAGCAUGGACUCCGUCAACACGAUGAAGAACCGCAGCAAGGAGUGGUCGCAGUGCGCGGCGCAGGACGGCCAGGACGACCCCGGCGUGGACGACGCGCCCCUCCUCACCACCUACCCGCACGCCAGCGUGCUCCGGCUGCGCGUCGUGCAGAUUGUGUGCGGCAUCUCCGCCAUGGUGAUGGGCACGGUGGGCUUCAUCGAGGAGCGCGGCCGCCUCAACCUGGGCCUGGGCAUCCCGGCGGGCCUGGCCACCGUGCUGGCUGCAGCCGUGAGCAUCCACUUGAGCCGCAGCUUCGCGGGGCCCGGCCUGGAUGACCUUGUUGACCAGAACUAA